AUCUGUUACUGGAGUUCUAUACAUUAAAUAAAUAAUAAGAUGUAAAGAUAUAUAUAUUCGCGGACGACGUGUUGUGUUUGAGCAGCUGCUACCAUGGCGAGUUCUUUCCCGAAUCCGAGUCCACCACUGGCCCCUCCGACCCCCAAACCGUCCCCUUUCAGAAAUCUACAGGCGGUCAAGGCCGCUCCACCUACUCCGAGUAAACCUGCGAUCGAGCUUCUCGAAAUAUCAUCCGGCCCGAGGCUUGUGGUAGCGAUCGACUUCGGGUCGAACAGGAGUGGGUACGCUUGGCAGUUUCGGACGGACUUUGAGCGAGACCGUCUGGACAUCCAUAUCAACACGAAAUGGCCCGAGGGUGGACUCUGUUGCUACAAAACACUUACUGCGCUUCUGUUGAAGCCCGACCAGUCGGUUGCCGAGUUCGGUUUCAGAGCUGACAAGAGGUUCAGCACAAUCAAGGAAGAAGAAUCCGACUGGGAAAACUGGUACUUCUUUCGAGGGUUCAAGAUGAUGCUUUAUGCAAAUGCCAAUUCUUUAGAUGCAAAAACCACAAUGGAAGACGCUAACGGUCGUCACCUGCCAGCUUCAUUGGUCUUUGGAAAGUCAAUUCAGUUCAUUAAAGAGCACGCAAUACAGAGUCUUAAAGAGGCAGGAGUUCCAUACAUAGAAGAUCAUACUAAAUGGGUGAUCACAAUCCCAGCUAUAUGGAAUGACCGUGCAAAGGGUUUGAUGCGAAAAUCAGCUGCGGAUGUGGCGGGAAUUCCAGCAGAUAACCUGACGAUUGCUCUAGAACCGGAGUGUGCGGUCAUAUACUGCAUUCAGCUCAUACGUCAACAACUUGAAAUCGACGGCGAUUUAGGCAAACUGCAGUAUAUCGCGGCCCCGGACUCCGUGCUUAUGUUGGUCGACAUGGGAGGAGAUACAGUUGAUAUCACAACAGUUCGCGUUGGCGAAAGAGGGCAAAUGGAACAAUUGCAGAUGUCAGGUGGCGGACCAUGGGGCGGUAUGAGGAUCAAUGAAAAGUUCUUCAUUUUGCUUAGAGAACUUAUUGGCCAAGACGUAUUGGACAAAUUUGUUACAGAGAAUGAAAUGGAUUACUUCGAUCUUAGGAUGGACUUUGAAACACAAAAACGAGAGGUUAAACACCCAAGUGACUCGGAUUCCAGCCCACGAUUUCGACUCAGAAUUCCUGAUUCACUGAAAACUUUGUGGGAAAGGAAAACAAACAAAACCCUUUCAGAUAUUAUGAAACAAGAUCAUAUGAGGGAAAAAGAUAUAAAGUUUGCAAGUUCGCGCCUAUCAAUUCCAAUAAAAAUCAUCCAUGAAAUGUUUGAUGAAGGUGUACAAGAAAUUUUGAAUUUCACAAAUAAGAUUAUUGUGUCCCACAAAGUUAAGGGAUUGCCUAUUACAGCGGUGAUAGCUGUUGGAGGUUUUGCGAUGUCAAGCUAUGUGAUGAAGGCAUUGAGGCAGGAGCUUGGUGGAAAGAACAUACCGGUUGUUCGUCCUCCGAUCACGGAAUUGGCCGUCUUGCUCGGUGCAGUUCUUUUCGGACAACAAGAGGACAUCAUAACUUCCCGAAUAAUGCCGUACACGUAUGGCGUGUCGUGUACCAUGGCAUUUAAUGCGGCAAGACACAGCGCGGAACACAGAUUUGAAGACGGCGGGAGGCUUUGGGCUAACAACUCUUUUCGGAAGCACGUUACUCGCGGCCAGGCUGUUAAACGUGGAGAAUGGAUCGUGGACAAGGAUUACUUCCCUGAAUGUGAUGACCAAACGUCGGCGACUAUCUACGUCUUUGCCUCCGACAAAACGGAUCCGAUUCACACUACUGACGAAGGUUGUCAGUUCGUGGGUCAGUUCGACGUGGAGUUUCCACGAACUGUGGCUAAACCAAUGGCAAGAAAGGCAGUAACAGUAGCAAUGCGAUUCGGAGGCACGGAGUUGGAGGUUAAAGCAACAAGCAAUGACGGGAAAACAUGCAAGAAAAAAUUAAAAUUUUAAACUAUACAAAAUGAAUGUUUUGAAAGAUUUUGUAUUAUAUUGACGAUUAAAAGCACAGAGGUGUGACGGAAAAAUAAGUACAUCCCAUAUUUUAUCUCAUGUACUUUGAAUGUAAAUAAGACUUAUUUCGGGGGGAAAUGUAUAUAUAAUUAUACAUUUAGGGUGGUCGAGUGGUUCGAUUCCCGGCCCGGGCACUGGAAAUUUCAGAAAUGCUUCAUGUGUUUCCCACCCAACUAGAGAUGUACUGGUAUGAAACCAAGGUAAUUCUCACGUGUAUCGGUGCUAUACACUGAGUAUUUCGCAAAGAGCUAGGGCAUCGCACCGGAUCCCUUGUAUCCCAAUACUGUCUCUUCUGCUUGCUGUCUCUUCAGCGAAAUCCAAAGGACCCGAUUGGAAAUAAGUGCUUGCACUUUCAUGGGUUAUUCUUGACUACAAGGUCAAAAGAAACACAUACAUACAUGCCAUUCUUUUUUUCUUUAUUUUUAAGUUUGAAACUGUUCUCGGAAUAUUAAUUUCUGUAGUGUUUGGCUAUAGGCCUACUGCAGUAGUGAUUCAUGGGACAACGACCAAGGACAGGACCACAAUGGAAAUAAGGGCUUGCUCUUUUUGUGUUAUCCUUGGUUUGGUGAGCAUGUUAUAGUUUUUUGUACAUGAUAUAGUUUUUAAUAAUUGCUUAUUAUUUUAUUCUAUGUUAUGUUGUGAACUGUGUAUAUGCUUCAUAUGCCGAAAUAAAUCUAUCUAUCUAUUUAACGUAGUAUUAUUGUAAAAGCAGUCGUGGGAUACGCGUACUGCUUUUUAUUAUAAACCUGUUUAAUGCUUUUAACAAAAUACAGGUUGUAUCAAUCGUUGAAAUAAAAAAUCCCGUAUUACGCUACUCGCUGUUUCCAAUUCCGUAUUACCAUACUAGCCGGACUACUUCGACCCAUUUAAUGACGUCACAUUACACGCACCGAAAAUAGAAAUAUUUUAUAUUACGAAAUAUAUUACGUUGUACAUCGUGUGACGUCAUUUCUGUGACAAAACACACUCGUUUUAUCUAAACUCUGUAAGGACAUGAAAGACGUGGUGUUUUUAGCAGUAAACUAUGUGUGAAAAACGUAUUUUGGAGUGUGUGUUUAUCAUGCAUAAAUGAUAUAUUUCAAUAGGAAUACAAUAAAAUAGUGUGGUUUAAACUAAGUUUCGAUAAAGACAUGGGAGAUAGAAGUGGAAAUGCAUAUCGUUUAAACGUUUUUGUUAUAAACAUCGGAUUUAAGUUGUCAACUUAAUUGUUAUAAAAAUUGGAUUAACGAUGGCAUUAAGGUAAGCGUGUCGGAAACCUGUGUUUUCCCGGUUCGAAUGUUUACACGUAAAUUUACAUAAACUGUAUUCAUACGCGUCUUAAAUAAACUAUGGCGUACCGUUUAAGUCAUUGUUUUGUCAGUUUUGUUAAAGUAAAAAAUAUAUAUGUUAACUGUUUUCGUUAGUUGUUGUAUAUAAUAAAAGGAAUAUCUCGUGGCUUGUGCUAUUUCGCAUCACACUCGAGGCUCCGCCUCUCGUGUGAUACGUCAUCACACAAGCCACUCGAGUGAUACAAACUCUUGGAACAAUUGGUUAGCGUAAUAUUCCGUAUUUAUCGCAUACCAUACCCUGUUUCCCAUGUAAUAUAACCAUUACUUUUUUUUUAUUACACAUGUGUAAUAAAACAUUUUUAAGCGUUUUCAUUGGCUAAUUUUUCGUUUAUUGACCAAUCGCAUUUUGUUAUUUUGCUGAAAUGACGUUUGCAACGUCAUAUGACGUAACGAUUUAUCGGGAUUUAUCAUUAUGUUUGCGUACAUAUUUAUUUAAUUUGCUCAUUUUAAAACCAUGUGAUAGAAAAAAUAUCUGACACUCGUUGUCAUAUCAUACCAUAUUUUAUUAAACUCGUCCAGGAAAUUCGUUGGUAAGCUCGCCAAAGGCUCGCUUACUAACAAAAUUCUUGAACUCGUUUAAUAAAUAUGGUAUGAUAUGACAACGAGUGCCGGAUCCUAUAUAUAUAUUUCAAUCUAAUGCUGUAUUAUGUUGGUUCUUUAUCUUCACUCUUAUCCCCGCAAGGUCUUCCUGCACGAAUAAUCUAGUAACGUUCAGAGGAAGGGAUCUUGACUUUUUUCGUUGCUCUUUACCUUAAACCAAGCUACGUUGUACAUGGUUGUAUUUCUUUAAAUUUAAUAAGACGCGUGAUAACAUUCAGAUUUAACACAUCUUAUUUGUUUAGUUCUACGAGUGUGAAUGCGCUGAUGAUGAGUAUUUCUUAUUUGUAUAGUUAUGUUGAUACACUCAAGCCAUAUAGAUUUAAUAAUCCGAUAUUAUAAGCAUACAACGGAAGAUGCAUGCUUGCUUUGUUUUCAGGUAACCCUGUCAUACUUCUACAUGUUAAGUAAUUGUUUCGCGCGAUAAUCUUUGUAAUCAUGUUAAUUAUAUGCAUUUUACGUAUUUUAUGUUAUUUCUAUAAAUUCUUAUUUGUAUGGGACAUUAAAAUAAUGUUGUAGAAAUAGUAUUUGUUGUGUAAUAAGCUCUACUGUGAUCGCAAAUGUUAUAGUGUAAAUCAUUUUGUAAUAUACAAGCAUAUGUUAUACCAUGUAAUAUAUUUAUAUAAUAAAUGUGUUGUAAGUAUGUAAUAGAGAUUGGAAUUUAUGUACCUGUAAUACUACAUAAAACCACAUUUUGGUCUGUAUGUACCGUUGUUAUUCUUAUUUUUUCGCAAACUUACAACAGCCGUGUAUUAAGUGUCCUCUUCUAAAUAUGAGUAUCAACGUCUCUCUGGGAAAUCAUGGCUUUAAGUUAAUAAAUGUGCGUUAAAAGUCGUCCCAGAUUAGCCCGUUUAGUCCGCGCACAGGCUUAUCAGGGAAGAAACUCACCGCUUUUAUGGUAUUUUUCGUUAGAAUGAAAUCUUUUCUUUGCGAAAAACCUAGUUUAGGCGGUAAGUGUCGUCCUUGACAAGCCUGUGCGGACUUCACAGGCUUAUCUGGGAUUACAAUACGCACAUUCUUUUAGCCCGAUUUUCCCUGAGCGAGGCUCAUACACAUGAUUUGCUAUGAAUCAAAAACAUGUAUUAAUAAUUUACUUUGUCAUAUACAUGACAAGUGGCCAUUCAAACAUAGACCAUCUACAAACAUUUUAUUAUUGCUGAACAAUAAAACUUUUUGUGAACAUUU